AUGCGCGAGGACCCAAUAGAUUACAUCCCUGGUGUCCAGUCGAUUGAUCCAAAGGACAUGAUGUCGUAUCUCCAAGAGUCGGAUACAUCAACGGUGUGCCACCAAAUAAUCUUCAGUGCAUUCAAAGAUGUCAAGGCUGCAGAUUUUGUGCUGUGCAACACCAUACAAGAGCUUGAACCCAACACCAUAUCAGCUCUACAGACCAAAAUGCCAUUCUUUGCUAUUGGACCCAUCUUCCCAUCUGAGUUCACCAAAAGCAUUGUGGCUACGAGCCUGUGGUCCGAGUCUGACUGCACCCAAUGGCUCAACUCUAGGCCUCAUGGCGCAGUUUUGUAUCUGUCAUUUGGUAGCUAUGCUCAUGUUACAAAAAAUGAUCUGACAGAGAUAGCCAAUGGUUUAUUGCUUAGUAAGGUUAGUUUUAUUUGGGUGCUUCGGCCUGAUAUCGUGAGCUCUGAUGAUGUUGAUCCACUGCCCGAUGGAUUUAAGGAGGAGGUAGGUGAUCGUGCGAUGAUCAUACCUUGGUGCAGCCAAAAACAAGUGCUGACGCAUCCUUCAAUCGGAGGGUUCUUAACUCACUGUGGUUGGAACUCGGUAUUGGAAAGCAUUUGGUGUGAAGUGCCAUUGCUGUGUUUCCCUCUUCUGACUGAUCAAUUCACGAAUCGAAGAUUAAUGGUCGAUGAUUGGAAGAUUGGGCUCAAUCUUUGCGAAAGAAAGCCAAUCAAAGCUGCUGAAGUUUCGGACAAAAUCAACCGUUUGAUGAGUGGAAAAUCAACAGAUGAAUUCAGGAACCAGAUCAAGAUGGUGAAAAAGACAUUGGAGACUGCAUCAACGGCCAAUGGAUCAUCAGAGAAAAACAUGGAUCAAUUCAUUGCAGACCUAAAGGUCAGUAUUCAAAAGAAAAGUGGGGCCAAUACCCAGACACAAACGCAGUGUCUGUCCAAUGGUGCUUGA